AUUUGUAACAACCAAGUUCACACAUGAGAAAGAUGGCUUGCAGAGCCGGUAGCUUGAGAUUUCUGAUUCCUAAAUUUGCGUCAUGUGUCAAUCGAGUGAAUCCAUGUACUGUUCCAGUGUUAAUUAGAAAAACACAACACAGGAAUUCUGCAAGCAGACACAGAUUUUCAUCUACAGUGCCAAAACCGAAGAAAGAAACGGUAACAGUACAUUUUGUCCAAAGUGACGGAUCAAAGCUCACAACGACAGCUGCGGUGGGGGAAAACCUAUUGGAUAUUAUUAUCGACAAUGAUAUAGAUAUAGAUGGAUUUGGUGCCUGUGAGGGAACCCUAGCAUGCUCCACAUGCCACCUAAUCUUCAAGCAAGAGGAUUAUGACAAGAUACCAGAAAAACCAACAGACGAAGAACUAGACAUGCUGGACUUGGCAUAUGGCUUAACAAACACGUCACGUUUGGGUUGUCAAGUAAUAGUUACCAAAGACAUGGACGGACUUCAAGUACAGGUGCCAACCUCAGUUGUGGAUGCUCGUGACCCUUCCUAGCACUAGCUGAAUCCUGUGGUCUUUAUCCUGAUAACUUGUUAACAUUCAACUUUUACCAGUGUAAUUAUCAUUGAUUCUGAUGACUGUGCUAGUUUUCAAACCAGUGCAGUUGAUAUCUAUAUAUCCUGUUCCAUGAGGAGAAGGGAAUGUGAUGGCCUCUUGUAAGACGUGAGAGUCUGAGUAAAUACUGUUUUGUA